UUGGAAGGGACCAUUUCCAUGGACCAUCUGUCUCACAGGCUAGCGAUACAACAAAGGACCCAGGAUGGUGUUAGUACAUGUCGGAUAUUUGGUUCUUCCCGUAUUUGGCUCUGUAAGAAAUAGAGGAGCACACUUCACCAGGCAUCAGCACAGCCAUGCUACCUCCUGCCGACAUUUUAACCUGGCGGCCCCCCAGGCUCCCAUCUCAGCAGAGUUCCCCCUGGGCCAUGCCAGCCAGCCCCCCCAGACUGGCCUGGCCCCUCACCUGUCCCCAGCCCCCCACCAACCUCCGGCCCUGCCGGCCCCCCCUCAGUUCCAGGACGUCCAGGGGCCUCCGUUUCUACCUCAGGCCUUACACCAGCAAUACCUCAUCCAGCAGCAGCUUCUAGAGGCGCAGCACCGCAGGUUCCUCCCACACUCCCGGCGAACACAGGAGCGCGUUCCUCUGAACCCUCACAGGCUCCGCUCGGGGUAUGACUACUCCCCUCCCCUCCACGUCCCCCAGCCAAUCGGCCAGCAGCCGCGCUACCUGGCCGAGGGCACAGACUGGGACCUCAGUGUGGACGCUGGCCUCUCUCACCAUCAGUACCAGCUCCAGCAGCUUCCACAGCACUAUCAGCAUUACCUGGCGGCAUCCCCCAGAAUGCACCACUUUCCCAGGAACACGACUUCUGCUCAAGUGGUUGUGCACGAGAUCAGAAACUAUCCAUACCCCCAGCUACACCUGCUGGCUCUACAGAGCCUCAACCCGUCGCGCCACGCUUCGGCUGUACGAGAGAGCUACGAGGAGCUGUUGCAGCUUGAAGACAGGCUGGGAAGUGUCAGUAGGGGAGCGGUUCAGACCACCAUAGAGAGAUUCACCUUCCCACACAAAUACAAGAAGAGGAAGCCUCUGGAUAUGAAGAUUGGUGAGAAAGACGAGGAGACUGACGUGGAUGAGAAAUGUACCAUCUGCCUGUCGAUGCUGGAGGACGCAGAGGAUGUCAGGCGGUUACCAUGCAUGCACCUCUUCCACCAGGGCUGUGUGGACCAGUGGCUGGCAACCAGCAGAAAGUGUCCAAUCUGCCGCGUGGACAUCGAGACGCAGCUCCAUCCUGACAGCUGAUGGCCCAGGGGGUGAAGCCUGACGGCCUGGCUGCUGUCAAUCACCCUGGUGUGUUUCCUGCUCCCAUCCACCCCGGCCCUGGUCCCUCCUCACACGGGUGCUUGCCAAAUGUCUCCAGACGUCAUGUGACAUCACCCUCUGACUCACGCUUUACUGAGCCAAUCCAGGAUUACUUACUGCACGAGAGAAUGGAGUCCCUCUCUCUCUCUCUUUCUCUCUCUCAAUAAAAGCACAUCCCCGGCAAAAAGACACACACACACCACACACACACACACACACACACACCACACACCACACACACACACACACACACACACACACACAGGGUUUACUAGUUGCUUGCUGGAGGUGGGGUGUUGUUGCCGUCGUGUUGUUGUAGGUAGGGGAGGCAGGUGUGUGUCCUGUUUCCUGUGUCUUUGUAGCAUGUUCUUAAAGCCAUGACAUUAAUGUACUGAGUGAUUAACACACUACCCCACUUGCCAGCCAGCCGACCACACACACACACACACACACCUUGCUUAUUCUGCCACAACAGGAUUCUAAAUCAAUCACGUAAAAGUCCUGUCGCCAUGUUUGCCUACAGAUCAUUUGUGGUAGUACAGUAGCAGUAUCAGACACAGCAAUACAGUAGUUGUACAUUUGCUUGGGACUGAUGCUGUCAUCAGUGUCGGGACAUAAUACGACUAUUUCACCGCUGCCAUGUCGGCCUGUCCCAAUGCUUGGGUUGGCGUGUGUUUGAGUAAAUACACAGGUUAGUGAGUGUUUCACCAAAUGAGUUAUGGUAUCGCUUGACCUGCCGCAGCACGGGUUAACGUGUGUGUUCCGCCCCAGUGUGUGGGUUUCAGUGUGUAUUUAACCAAUGCGUGAUCAUGCGUGACAAACUUAAAGUGCGGGUUCAAGUGUGUGUUAAAGGGGAAUAUAGAAGUUAUAGAAGUUAGAUUAACGGUGGUUUGAUUGGAGUGCUUGUAGAAUACAAAGCCAAAUAAGGACUUUUAAAAAAAAAUGCAAAAAAGAAAUGUAGUAAGACCCAAUCCCCCAUCAUGCACUGCAGUGACUGGGUGAGGUGUGGGGCAUUCUGGGUAUGCAGGAGGGUUAGCUGCCCUGGAAACAGCGACUCUGUGCCAUCCCCUCCUGGCGCAGGCGUUAUGGCUGAGCAGUGUAAUGAAAUGCAUGUUUCAAUGUUGGCUUGGGCUGUUGUGUUAGCGUACAAAAAAAAUUACAAGGGGAGGGGGUUGUCUGUGCAUGACUUAGUUAAUCUGAGCUGUGACUAUCUUUCUCAACACUAACAAAGAAAAAAGAACUGAGCACCACGUCAGCGGCUGUCCCUGACCUGUAGCGUGUGUUCAUCCUGCCCCUUUUUGGUGGCAAACAAAAUGGAAUCCUAUUGUGACGUUUACCUUAUUGCCUAAAGAACAAGCACACGUGAUGAUAGAUAUAGCAACAACCUCUUUCUUUGGUAUUGCAUUUGCGUUGGUUUCUGUAUAUUUCGGUAUAUAAACACGCAGUGUUUUGGACCCGAGGGAGGAGCUUAGUUGUUGAACUUGUGUUUUUGUGUGACAGAUCUCCCCUCGUUGUUGCUAUGCUGGUUUCUAUGCUGUAUUGCUAGAACAACAAUGUAGAAUGUUGUGUGAUGGGGGCAGUAUCCACAGUGCACACGGACAGAGGGGGGGGAGGGGGCAAAAUAAGGGUCAUAGAACACUUUUAUUGUGAAAAAAAAGAAGGAUUUAAAUGUUGAUAAUUUAUGUUUUCCUUUUGGUCUGUUGCCCUGUGACGUCUAAGUCAACGUGCAUAAACACUACAUAGCAGUGCCAAUCCUUAAAAACCUCUCUGUCAUAUGCAUUGUGGACUCAGUAUUGAAGCAUUAGGAACAAUGUAAUUGCCCUGUGGACUUAGUUGUGAAGGAUUGGGACAGACCCUUACUAUCCUGUGCACUGCCAGUGUUGAUACUGCCUCCUCCUUUUAGUGGAGUUUUCUAUGGGAUGUUUUGAUAGUUUACACAGGGUGUUGUCAGUUGAGAUGCCUUAAGUAUUUAACAAUCAUAAUUUAUUACUAACUGUAGAUAUCAUGGGUACAUAUUUAAUUUUAUAUAGUUUGUUUUGUUGCAAUUUAAAUCAAUUUAUUUAGAAACAACAACAAAAAUGAUUUACCUCAUUUUUGCGUUGUUUUAAAUGGGAAUGCUCCGCAUGCAGUUGUAAUUUUCCUGAAGAAAUUAAACAAAAAAAGCCCUGCUGUUUGAUCUCUCCCCGAGCCGGCUGUGCUAUGUUUACUGUCCCGAGCUGUCUAGCCUGCUCUUCUCAUGUGGUGCUGUGGAUAUCUUGGUUACAUUCCAUUCAAUGCAAUUUUCCCUUAUCCCCUAUGCUGUGACGUAGUGGACAAACUGCAAUGAAGUGAAAUGGUUUUUAAUUUGAAUUGUUUUCCUUUUUCUCAUUUUGCACUCUUAGUUUUAACAUGGGAACCCUCUCACUGGCAUAACAGUUCACGAACAUAGAUGUAUUGUCAUCAUUAUUAUAUACUCUGUCAUUUCCAGCUCUCUGCGUCUCAUCCUUCCAACCCUGUCUGUUUACAAAGCAUGUUCCUUCUCGUCUUUGUCAUGGGAUAUUUCUCCUUACCUCGUUUCCAGAAAAACAUGUCGUUUUGAGUCCAACAAGUGCCUCGCUUCUAGUGUCAAGAGAUAUUACCGUAUGAUUUAAACCACACUCACUCAUUUACCCAAAAUCCAUGUCCAAAUAGUGUAGAAUGUUGUCUUUCCUCCCUUAUUCCCUCCUUUCUCCCUUUAAGGUCACCACUGACCAACCUGCAAGGUGAAAUAAAUAUGUCAGCCCCCAUAAGUGAAGUGUGGGAUCAUCCGGUGGCGUGGUUGGCAUAUUAAUGCUUUCACUAACCAAAUAGAUCUGUGGUUACCUUAUGAGAGAAAUGAAAGCAGCUAUUUAGGAGUAUUUGAACAUAACCAGUUUUUCUCCUUUUUUUUUUUAAAGUUAAACUCUAAAUCGUACCUAAUCAGAUCCAUCCUUUAAAAUAACUUUGUUUUAUAAAAAAUGUAUGAAAUAUUUGACCAAAACCUUUGUAGAAAGAGGCACGCUUCACUGUGUUCAUCGACGCUACACUAAUUAUUCCCAUCUUUCCUUUCCCUUUAUUUUUUCAUGACCGUCCAUCCCUCCCGUCACUCAGAACCCAUCCAAUGUUUCCCUUCACAAUCCUCUCUCUAGGGAAAACAAGAACAGAGGAUCUCUUAAAGCACAAACUAACUAAAAAUGCAUGUUUUUCUCAGGUUUGGAUAUAUAUGUAUAUAUAUUCUCGAUGGUAUAUAAGUAUAUGGUGAAAAUAUUUGCAGAUUACACUAAGAAUAAUACAAAUAAUUCAUUUUGCUGCUGCUUGCAUCUGACAAACAAACAACUGAAGAAAAGAGAAAAUAUCCCAAAAACUGCCAGUGAAAGGGCAACCACCACCUUUGUAUGAGAUAUCUGCUGUUUUAGCUGUGACUGCGCAAUGUUUUUCAAUAUAGGAUAUUUUAUCGGAGAGUAGAACUAUUUAUCAUUAAUAUUAAAGCAAUAGCUCAUUAAUGAUGAGUGUGUUGAUGAAGAACUGGAUGAGCGUAUUGUGUAAAAUGUUAGAUUCACAUUUGGUGGAAUUUUGUACUUUAUUUAUUACUACUAAUAAUGAUUUAAAAAGUUGCAUCGCUAAACCCAAACUGUUACUUUUUUUUUUUUAAUUUCAAUUUUAUUUCAAGGCUUGUAUAUUAUCCUUUUUGUAUGUGCUCUUUUUGUAAUAAAUUGGAUAAAAUGG